UAGUUGUAUCAGCGGCAGCAGCAACAGCAGCCGCCAUGCCAAGCCACAGCAAGAGCAACUAUAGCAACAACAGCAGCAACAUCAGCAAUAACAACAUGCAAGUCGUAUAAGUGCGCUGAGCAACCAACGCGUUAACGUCAUGAGCCGCCAGGAGAGCUUGGCUUCCAAGUCGUCGUCGAUGGCAACAGGAGCGGCAGCAGCAGCAACAUCAACAGCCUCACCAAAAUCAACAGAAGCAGCAGCAGCAACAGAAAUAUCAACAUCAACACCACAAAAACGAGAUGAGUCCACGCAGGAGCAACAACAAGCGUUCAUUGAUCGUAGCUUGGCCAGUGAGAUUGGUGCAAACGAUGCUAGCGCGAUAUGCGAUUCGUCCAUCAACAGCAGCUGCAGUGAUGCCAGUCCCGUGGCCAAGCGGCAGCUAAACUCUGCCAAUUUAUCGCGUAUACGUCCGCAGUCCAGUUACUCGGCGCGUGUGCUGAUUUUCGAGGACUCGGAUCACGAUGCAGCCGCAGCGGCUGCGGCGAGUGCGAAUGCGAAUGCUUUGGCGCACGCUCAUUCGGCCAGCACCGCCGAUGCCAGCAGCGGCGUUGAAUUGCUGCCUGCCUCGCCGGCCAAGCUGGGUGCCAAUUGCAAUGACAGCACCACCAACAGCAACAGCAACAACAACAGCAACAGCAAUAGCAACAACAAUAGCAACAGCAAUAAUGGCUCCUCGCUAAUACGCAAUCUCAAUUUAACCAAAAGCUCGUCGGGCGGCCUCUCGGGCAGCUCUAGCUCGCUACACUCGCGCGGCUACACGGCGCUGCUGCGCAAGAUCUCCUAUCAGCAGCAUACGAACUCCCUUCGGGCUGCCGGCAGCGAAGCGUCCAAUUUGUUGCGUAUGCGCCAUUCCUCACUGGGCAAAUCUGCUCCAUGCCUGACGGGUAAUUACUUUCGCCAUGAACUCAGCUGCGGUGGUCCAGGUGUUGGAGCAGUGUCCGCCGCCGCAGGAGGCGCGGGGGGUAUGAAUUCAACAGCUCCUGGUUUAAAUAUCUCACGCUCUGGCAGUGGCAUUGCCCUGUCCAAGCACCAUCAUUUGCAUGGCGUGGUCAUGCGCGGCUCCACUUCGGGCGCUGGCAGCAGUGGAUCGAGCGGUGUGGCUCAUCAUCGCUUGAGUCUGGUCACCAAUGCUGCUGCCAUGGCUGGUAGCUCACGCGCCCAUUCACCAUAUUCGGCUAGCCCGGCGGAUAGUCCGCGCCUCAAUUCGUCCAUGCCGUUCGCAUUUGCGCCCAUCAAACGAAUCGCCUCUUGUCGCGGCGUUGCCGAUGGCAGACGUUGGUCGGUGGCAUCGUUGCCGUCCUCCGGCUAUGGCACCACACCAGGCAGCUCUAAUUUAUCGUCGCAAUGCUCCAGUCAGGAGGCGUUAAAUCAUUUGCCGCACAAUUUGCCGCCUGGUCACGAGGAUGCAGCCGCAGUGGCAGCUGGUGCCUGCUGUGCGGAACACUUGAAGCAGCAUUGCCCUAAGCAUUGUGCAUUGUUGCUGGCUGCGCAUAAGCCACAACAACAGCAGCAGCAGCCGCAGCAUGCACCAAAGCUCGCACAGCUGCAGCCACAGCCAUUGAAACCACCGAUCGCAUGCAUUAACUGUUGCGCCGAUUUGAGCGUCGCCUGCAGCGGCAAUGCUAAUGCCAAUGCUAACGCCGCUAAUGCAGCUAAUGCAGCGAAUGCAUCGACCGCGUCAAUGCCGAGCGGUCGCAUGUCGCCCUGUUUUCGGCCACGCUCACGUUCGCUGUCCAGUCCAUCCCGUUCGCCCAUUGUGGACAAUGAGAUAGCUGUGAUGAAUACGCUGUAUAAGGAACGCUUCCCCAAAGCCACCCAGCAAAUGGAGGAGCGUCUGAAGCACUUCAUCAACGAGAACAAAAGCCUUGCGUGCAAUAGUUUUCGUGACUCUCAGCCCAUUGUGCGCUUUGUACACCAUCAAGUGUUGGAAAUGGCUCGGGAUUGUCUGCACAAAUCGGAGGCUAAGUUGAUUACGUCACAGUACUUCUACGAGCUGAGCGAGAAUCUGGAGCGUCUGUUGCUGGAGACCAAGGAGAAGUCCCCGGAGGCGGCUGCCGAGCUGAGUGGCGUUAUCAAAAAGUUGCUGUUGAUCAUAUCGCGGCCAGCGCGUUUGUUGGAAUGUCUGGAAUUCGAUCCGCAAGAGUUUUACGAGCUGCUCGAGGCAGCCGAGGGCCAUGCGAAGGCCAUGCCUGUCAUUAAGGCGGAUAUACCGCAGUACAUUAUACACAAGCUCGGCCUCAAUCGUGAUCCCAUUGCGGAACUGCAGCAAGAGCUGCGCGAGACGCAGCAAAUGUGCUCGGAGCAGGUGACGGCUGGCGGAGACAAGCUGCUCGAUACGCAGCCAGCUGCCGGUGCACUGCUGCUCAACUCACCCUUGACCUGUGCGGCCAAGCAGCUGAGCAAUCUCACAUUGGACGGCGUAACAUUGGAGACAGGUAAUUCGGGUGGCAGUGGCACCUGUACGCCACAACCGAAAUUACCGCAGCAGCCGCCACAGACGCCGGUGGGCUGUGAUAACCAACCGACGCCCAGUUUUGCAUUGUCCAUUAGCCAGCUGAACACGCCAGCAGCUACUGCAGAGACAACUGCUGCACAACAGCAGCAGCAGCAGCAACAACAACAACAACUGCAGCAGCAGCAACAACAACAACCGCUGCCGCAUGAAAACGACUUCGAAAUUGCCAAGCUGAUCUCAAAUGGUGCCUAUGGCGCCGUCUACCUGGUUAAGCACAAGACAACGCGCCAGCGCUUCGCAAUGAAGAAGAUCAACAAGAAUAAUCUCAUAUUGCGCAAUCAGGUGGAGCAGGUGUUCGCCGAGCGUGACAUACUAUCGUUUGCCGACAAUCCUUUUGUGGUUAGCAUGUACUGCUCCUUUGAGACCAAGAAGCAUCUCUGCCUGGUCAUGGAGUACGUGGAGGGCGGUGACUGUGGCACGUUGCUCAAGAACAUUGGCCCGCUGCCCGCUGACAUGGCGCGCUUUUAUUUCGCCGAAACAGUAUUAGCCGUGGAGUAUCUGCAUAGCUAUGGUAUUGUCCAUCGAGAUCUCAAACCGGACAACUUAUUAAUCACGGCCCUUGGUCACAUUAAGCUCACCGAUUUCGGACUCUCCAAAAUGGGUCUUAUGUCGCUGGCCACCAAUCUGUAUGAAGGCUAUAUUGAUUCAGAGACGCGACAAUUUUCCGAUAAGCAGGUCUAUGGCACUCCAGAGUAUAUAGCACCUGAGGUAAUUUUGCGACAGGGCUAUGGCAAGCCCGUCGACUGGUGGUCCAUGGGCAUAAUAUUGUAUGAGUUUCUCAUUGGCUGUGUGCCGUUCUUCGGCGAGACCGCCGAGGAGCUGUUUGCGCACACCGUCAACGAUGACAUUGAGUGGCCGGACAGCGAGGACUGGCCCGUACAGGCGGAGGCAAAGGAUAUAAUAUCACAGUUGCUGCAGCAGAAUCCGCGGGAUCGCUUAGGCAGUCAGAUUGGUGCUCUGGAAGUGAAGGAGCACGUUUAUUUCCAGGGCAUGGAUUGGAACUCGUUGCUCCGCCAAAAGGCAGAGUUUGUGCCGCAGCUGUCGCACGAGGAUGAUACCAGCUACUUUGAUACACGCAUGGAUCGCUACAAUCACGAUUUGGCCGGCGACGAUACCGAUGACACCGACGAUACUCCAGUGUUUGGUAGCUUCAAUUCCUAUACGCCGCAGUAUCGUAAGCAGCAUUACAGCUGGUCUCGCCAUGCGACGGCGUCCACAACGGACAGCUCCAAAACCACGCCAACAACAUUGCCGUCGCGUGCACAGGAAAAUGCGACAGCAACAGCGACUAUGGCCGGCACAGGAGCAAUGCCCAAACAGAUGCCUACAGCUGCAAGCCAGGAGGGCGUGGUCAAUAAGUUCUUGAACACGCUGCAGUUGCGUAAGCUGGAUCUCUCAUCCAGUUGUCUGAAGGUACCCUCCACGCCGGACAGCGAAUUUUUGCCGGAACUGUUGCAUAACGUCACCAUUGGCAAUGAUGCUGAGCUGCGCAUGCUCAAGCAUUAUUUACAGCAGCCAACGCCGGCGGCUGUGCGUCCCAAUCAGCGCCACAGUAUGCCACCGAAUACAACGACCAUCAUAAGCACUCCGGCCACACCGCCGCCAUCGACUCUGUCGUCCACAGCGACGCCGCAACCAACCAGCGUGGGCAGCAUUUCUCGCAGUACGCCGGAGAGUUCGCAAACGGAUAGCGAUGAUUUUUCACCGCAGAUCAAUCGCAAACGUAAGGGAGUUUGUGCGCGUGAUAUAUUGCCACGAUUCUCCAUCUCCAUUGAAGAUGAGACCAUCAGCGCGGGCAGCUCCUCCACGGAGAACAUGAAUCUACGCGAGCAAUCGCCACUAGCGCUACAACACCAGCCCAAGUCUAUGGACAGCAGCAGUGGACCCAAUUCGUAUGGGGUCAAGCAUCAUCGUUCACGUUCGAUUGUGAAAUCCGCUUCGGCUUUGGGGCUGUCGCUAAUGUCCUCGUUCGACAACACGCAAUUGGCGGCUCAGCUGUGUGGCAUUCAGUCACCAGGCAGCGCUGGUGGUGGCGGCAAUGGCUCGAGCACUGCUAGUUCAAGGGACACAUCGCCUUGUCGCGAGCUGUCGCCGCUGGUGACGAAUCUUAAACCGCCCAUCAUAAUACGACGCGGACCACGUGGCUUUGGCUUCACUGUACACACUAUACGCGUCUAUUAUGGCGACACCGAUUUCUAUACCAUGCACCAUUUGGUCAUGGCCGUGGACGAGGGCAGUCCCGCUUUUGAGGCAGGACUCCGACCCGCCGAUCUCAUCACGCAUGUCAACGGCGAGCCCAUCCAGGGUCUAUUCCACACGCAGGUGCUGCAGCUAUUGCUGAGUGGCGGUGAGCAUGUGACACUGCGUGCCACGCCUCUGGAGCACACAAGCAUACAGAGCGGUGGUCGCAAGCGUGACCUCAUGCAGAGCAAGCUGGCCAAGAAGGGCGUCAACCGCCAGAAGAAGCAGACGAAGCGCGAGCACGACAAGAAACGUAAGACGUCGCUGUUCCGGCGUAUAAGCAGCAAGCGAGCAAAUGCCGAAAUGCAACAGUACUCGGCGGGCACCAGUUCACCCACCACACCCUCUGCGCGCAAUCUGUCGCCGUUGGACUCGUCGUAUCACAGUAGUUGCUGUCAGUCGGCGGCUAACUCAUCAUCGCAGUCCACUUCGCCUUCAUCCUCGUCUCCCAACACGCCCACCGGUUCGAGUGGGGGCAAUGGCACAAGCAAUGGCAAUGGAGCCAAAUCUAUUGCUGCACUACCCGUGACAGCCUUGGGUGUGCAGCUGCCUUUGCCGCCGGCCAGCCCAGUUGUGUUGUUGCCGCAUGUGGGCGCCGUUGUGGGCAAUAGUGCCACAUCCGUGGGCAAUGUGCCUGUUUCACCCACGGGUGUUGUACCACAGCUGUAUCAGCGCCCUUCUACUCUGCAUGGUCUUAAGCACAAGCUACAUGCUGCAUCCAGUGGCGCUGCUGGCUCAACUGCCAGUGGUUCCGCUGGCAGCGGCCUAAAGACUCUUCACACCUCGAGCAGCAAUGCGUUGCCCAAUCGCCGCAAGUCUGUGGGUCACAUACCGCUGUCGCCUUUAGCGCGAACACCGUCUCCGUCGCCUUUGCCAUCGUCGCCCACUCGCUCGCCAUCGCCGUUGGCCUUUCCUCUGGUGGGUCAUCAGCCUGGCGCAUCCAAUACCACGCAGUCGUAUAGUCCAGGCAGCACACUGCCCACGCUGCAGGCGGCCGUAAGUGCUACCACCAAGAAGGCUGGCUUUGCACGCACUAAAUCCGCUGAGCCCAGUUCGCCGUUGCUGCGACGCGCUCUGUCACCGGAUCGACUGCAUCCUCGCAGCGCUGAGACGAAAAUUUCGCCACUUUGCUGCUCACCGCCCAUUAAACAGCAAACGCAACCCCAUCAGCAUCAGCGCGUCGUGGCGGCCACUUGGCGACCGGCUGGAGGUGCAGGUGUUGCACCUGGAGCACAGCAGCCACAGCAGCAGCAGCAGCCACAACAACAACAGCAGCCUCAACAACAACAACAACAACUACAACAGUUGAGCAGCAUUAGCAGCACUGAGGAAUCUCAAAGGCAAACGAGCUCAGCAAUAGCAAUAGCAUCAGCUGGUGGCACAGCCACAGCUUCAGUUGAUAAUCAAGCAACGAACAACGUAGCCAUAGGGAGCAACAGCUGUGAGCUCUUGCCACGUAUUGCCGAAGAGAAGGAUUCGCCCACUAGCACACAAGACAGUAGCAGUGCAUCGGAGAUAUUUCUGCCGGCCAUUGAGGAGCAUGGGGAGAGCGAGACAUCGUCGCCAUCACAGACACUAGAAAAGCCAUUAUCAAAAACCGAUCAUUCGGACAAGGCCAGGAAAGCUGAACUGGGCAAAAUCAGUACAUCUAAGAAAUCUUCGAUUACAACGACUAGGCCAUUAAGCGCCAGUGAUUUCCGCAAGGAGUCAGCAACAGCAACAACAUCAUCAAUAACAGGCAAGGGAUCUGUAACUUCGCCAACAACAACGGAUGCAACUUUGGCUGCCAAGCAAAAGAAGUAGCGCCACAGAACUGGAUGUUUUUGUUUUAAUUUUAAUAUUUAGCUUAUCUAAAUGUUUAGCCUAAAAUAUUAACAAAACUAAAGGAAUGAUACGUAAGAGAAGUGAGCCAUAACCAGCGGCAAAUUGAAUUGAUAAAUGUAUUCAUGGGAUUGUGUAUUGUGUUGGCAAGCUCGAAUGCCGAUUUUGUGCAGAAACAUAUUUGAAUUAGAAAAAAUAAGAAGAAAGAAAAAAAUUAGAAAAUUGUGAAGAAUAUAGUAGUGUGUAGUAUCUCGUAACUUACAAAAUUCUUAAUACAAAUUGUAAAUUAGUAAACAAAAAACUUGCAAAAUAUUCCAAUUAAAAGGCGAAUGUAUUAGGAAUGUAAUGGCGGCAGUAUGCAAUUAUCAAUAUUGUAUUUGUAUAUAAAUGUAUAACAUUGAUAGAAUUAAAGUCUUGUAAGGAAAAAGGAAAAGCCCAAGAAAACGGCUCGAGCUGGUAACGGCUUACUAAAAAAUAAUGAUAAAAUGCGUAAAUAACACAAAAAUCCGCUUGCUUGGUUAAAAUUAUUCAAGCCUUUUUUGCAAAUCUAUAAUCUUUGCCGAUAUCAAUAUAUAUAUAUUGUAUUAAAUAAAUGUUAUAUGUGUGUGUA